AAGGAACGGUGGACAUGUAUGCAUAUCAAAGCCUCCGUAACUGCUCGUCCGUGCAUCCUAUAAAAUACCGCUCCCGCCCAUACACUUUUCUCCCAUUCUUCCAUCCUUUACUUCUCACUCUUCCAUGCAAGAUGCAGCAACGGGAAAAAGCAGCGCUGUAUAAAGCAACAAGCAGACGCAAUUUCAAGUGCUUGGCGUCGGCCUGCCCCACAGGCCACGUGCAUACUUAUUUAUUUUGUCUUCGGCAAAGUGCGUGCUCAAAAUAUGCCCGGCGAGGACGACUUGCGGCGUUCCCAAUGACGGUUACCGCCUUUACUUGCAACAAUUUGAUAGUACUCUUAUCUCCUCUCUGGCUGUUCUCUUCAAAUCACUCAUAUCCGCUCGUCCAUCCAGCUGAUCACCAUGCCCCCCCAUCCAUCCAACAACGGAACACCGUCCAAACACUCGCACGUUAGAACGGAACUCAUCAAGCGGCCCCGCGAAGCAUGCUUAAAUUGCCGAUCUCUCAAGACUCGUUGUUUGCCCUACGGCGACCGACCUCUUACAUCCAAAGAUACUUGCGCCCGCUGCACAAAAUAUGGUCUUGAUUGUGAAUAUAUUAGAAAGCCUCGUGGAAAGUCUAAAACGGACGACCCAAAUAACUUGCAGCCAGAAGAAUCUGGUGCUUCAAAAUCCAGGAAUGGCCCCGUAGAGGGAUCGAGAAAUCAAGGGAGAAAUAACAGUAACUUUUCAGAAGCUCUUUCCAACCCACUUCCUUCCGUUUUAACUCCUCUAAAAGACGACAGGUUGAGGAAUCAAGAUUAUAUGCCUUUCCAGCCUAGUUACGAUAACACUCCGGGCAAUCACAUGGCGCCUAUGCCUGGGAUGCAGAGGCCUGAACCAUGGGGAUCAACAACGCCAAACUCUGCUAUCCCCCAUGGAACCAGCUUCACGGACAGUUUUGCGCGGGCAAUUCCACCAGCUUUGCAACCCCAGCCUUACCAGCGCCCUCCUUCUCAUUCUCUCCCGUCGUAUCCCACGCCUUCCACAGCAUACACAUCACAUAUGCCGCCUCCAGACCAUCGCCAUACUCCUCAACAUUAUUCCCAGCAUUCCUCUACUCAACUGCCACCCCCACUCUUGAUGCACUCCUCAUCAAUGCAGUCCGACAGAAAUAUCCUUCCCAUGCCUGGAAACUUGUCAACUCCCGAUGCCAAUGAUAUUAGCUACAGACCUCAUCGACAGGUGCCUUCACCAAAUCAAAUGGUGCGAUUGCCUCCCAUGGACGUUGGUCCUCCCCAGUCUCAACUACAACACCACUCUCUUCCCGCUAUUAAUUCGCGAAACAGCCAAUGUUCGACACCCUCUUACGAUUCAUCUGAUCGACGUCGUCAAGCUCAACCAAGCACUGUCUUAACAGACUAUAUCGAACCUCAACUCGAUCAUGAACAGACGCACUCCCCUUCUCCUCCCUCCCACGAUCCUACUCGAACAGGAGCGAAAGGACCUCUUAUCCAGCAGCCUAUGCCCCGUAGCUCCAUCCGUUCAGCACAUGGGGUUGAUGGUACAAUACAAGAUACCAAGGCUGGAGGAAGGUUAUCAUCUCUGUCUCCGUUGGAGCUGGGUCUAGUUGACGAGCAAGAAGCAAGAUGGCUCUAUUCUCGAUUCAAACAACACCUUGGACCUAUCAUCUCUCUCCUAGACUUUGAAUACCACACAUACGAACGAGUCAAGUUAUCCGAUUCUCUGUUCACCGCAAUGCUUUACGCAUCUUCGCGAUUCUUCCACCCCGAAAUCUGUCGUCCACUAUAUAAUCACGCAAAUACCAUUGUCAACCGUAUGAUAACGCAUGGGACAGUCGAUCUUCCUAGCGUCCAAGCGCUCAUCAUUCUGUCUUUCUGGAAUGUACAGAAUGAUGAGUCGGCGUAUAUGAAGUCGGGGAUCGCAGUGCGAGCGGCGUGCCAAUUGAGACUUUGGAAGAGACAUGACAGGCCCUUGCCGCAGGAUGAGGAGGAGGUCAGAGCCAUCUUGGACAGAGAAAGAACGUGGAUUGCUGUCAUCAUCAUGGACACCGGCUUCAGUGUAAUAUUUGAACAGCCUAUAACAUUACCUCAACCAGGUCGCGGAUUUGAUGACAUUUAUGAAUGGGCGAAUGAGCAUGCUCACUUGAACAUUCCUGGAGACUAUUAUCUAGCAUGGAGUGCCGAGGAUUCUAAAAACAAAUUACCUUAUAGCAAUACUGUUCAAAAUCCAAAUUACGAUAACACUGUGGCUGCCACCGAGCGAAGACAUAUUGACAACCUCAACAAGGCGUUGCCGCGCCUUUCACUUCUCUACUCGCAAAUGGCAACCAUCGUUACCGACAUCGUGCUAUUACGGAAUCAGAGCGAAGGCUUAAAAUUUGGACAUAUCGAUAUGAUAAAAAACCGGUUGAUCUCCUUGUCCGAAAAAAUUGCAGAGUCGUUGAACCGAUUUGCGGCAGAGGGACACUUAAUUUUCUGGUCAGAUAUGUUCAGUGCUGGAGUAUCCAUGCCUGGUGUCAUAUUUUACAAGACCCGCAGCUUAUUCUCUCCGACAGAGUUGGAUCGCGUCUUGGCGAUACUAAAUAACUUAUUGAAUAUGUGCUCGACAAUGCUGGGCACUCAUAAUGACCACCCGCUCUAUUUCACAUAUAGAUUCUACCGUCGGCUGCUACCGGUCUUGGAGCGAGUAAGGCAGGGUGUAGAUUCUCAGCAGCCGCCUGUUGUUGAUGUCGAGUAUCCUUACCCUGUUGCGCUUUUGAACGACAUACAUACCUUCCAAAAUGGCAACCUUUCCAACGCCAAUCAACAGUUGGCAGCUCCUGCCAAUAACUCUGCAGAGGCUGAUGAGCUUUGGAACUUUAUCUUGGGGGCAGACUCUGGUAUGGGUCAAAUAUUUACGGCGUAAUGUACGAUGAUUGAAUUGUAGUAGUGAUUAGUUCAUUGUAUCUUCCGGUUUUUUUAAUUGAUCUCACGAAGAGUAUAUCACGAAUCGCCAAUUUUAUAGAACGUGGACGAACUUGACGUUUUGAACGGACGCUAGUAUUGCCUAUAAUAAUUUCGAAUGGUGUACUGUUAUGCUAUGUCUGCAUUAUUAUAUAGGACAUGACAAAUG